CAGUCCUCCUCCAACCCCUGUUUGCGCUGAGGCUUGGCUCUCGGGUCGCAGUAAUUCAGCCGCGGGCCGAGCCUCGCCGUUUGUCGAGGAGCAGUCGCGAUAGGCGGUGAGGAAGGCUGCCCCGAGCGGCGGCAGAGGCUCCAGUCCGGCUCCAGCAUGGCGGCGGCGGUGCUAGCCGCGCGCUGCGUCCCUGGACUGUGUGGGGUGCAGGCGGGUCUUCUGUGGUCCAGGCAGCUUUCCCUAAACACCUUUCCAGCAGCUUCUGUUUUGGCGUGGAAGACUGCUCUCAGCAAUGGCCCGGUGUCGUCGCGGGGAAGCAGAGACAGCCGUGGAGACGCCAGCCUGAGCCACGCGCUGCAGACACAGUGCUGGAUUUCUUCUCCCAGUGCCUGGACGGGCCAGCAGCACAGAGCCUACAGCUUCUUCACCAAAUUGACAGCAGACGAGCUAUGGAAAGGUGCUUUAGCAGAGACUGGCGCUGGAGCAAGAAAAGGAAGAGGCAAAAGAACAAAGAGAAAGAGAAGAAAGGAUUUGAACAGGGGUCAGAUCAUUGGUGAAGGACGUUCUGGUUUCCUGUGGCCUGGUCUGAAUGUGCCUCUUAUGAAAAAUGGAGCAGUGCAGACCAUUACCCAGAGAAGCAAGGAAGAGCAGGCGAAGGUGGAGGCCGACAUGAUCCAGCAGAGAGAAGAGUGGGACCGGAAGAGGAAGACGAAGGUUAAACGGGAGCGAGGAUGGAGCGGCAACACGUGGGGAGGCGUCAGUCUUGGGCCCCCUGACCCUGGUCCCAACGGAGAAACGUAUGAAGAUUUUGAUACCCGGGUACUGGAGGUAAGGAACGUUUUUAAUAUGACGGCAAAGGAAGGAAGGAGGAAGUCCGUCCGGGUGCUGGUCGCUGUGGGGAAUGGAAAGGGGGCUGCAGGUUUUGCUGUUGGGAAAGCCACUGAACGAAUAGAUGCUUUCAGAAAAGCUAAAAACAAAGCAAUUCACUAUUUGCAUUACAUAGAACGAUAUGAAGACCAUACAAUAUUCCAUGACAUUUCUUUAAGAUUUAAAAGGACACAUAUCAGGAUGAAGAAACAACCCAGAGGGUACGGCCUCCGCUGCCACAGGGCCAUCAUCACCAUCUGCCGGCUCAUUGGCAUUAAAGACAUGUACGCCAAGGUCUCCGGGUCCGUCAACAUGCUCAACCUCACCCGGGGCCUCUUCCAGGGGCUCUCCCGCCAGGAAACCCAUCAACAGCUGGCUGAUAAGAAGGGUCUGCACGUUGUGGAGUUCCGGGAAGAAUGUGGCCCUCUGCCCAUUGUGGUCGCCUCCCCACAGGGGGCCUUGAGAAAGGAUCCAGAGCCCGAGGAUGAGGUUCCAGACAUCAAACUGGACUGGCAAGAAGUGAAGGCCGCACAGGGACUGAAGCGCUCUGUGUGGGCGAAUUUAAAGCGAGCUGCCACCUAGCCUUCCUCCUGGCCUUGUGUGCCGGCGCCAGUGCAGAGACUCAGCCUCUCACCCCUUGGCGGGGGGGAGGGGAUUGCUUUACCUUAACUCCUCUGUUGAAAAUAAAUGUCUUUGGCUUGUGGUA